AAACAAGUGGUUCUUCCCCUGGGGAGAGUCCAGAGCUGUCAUGGAAAUCCUGGCCUGGGGCUAUAUAAUGCUGAGGUACAAGCAGGUAGCACUCAGCAGCACCAAACCAGCAAGUGCUAUUGGUUCCUGGAGCUGACAACCACCAAGAUUAGACAUGAAGAUCUUCUCCUUGGCCAUGGUCACUCUGCUGCUCGCUGCUGUCUGCACUGAGAGCUGGGGCAAGUCCUUCCGCAGUUCCUACAGCUCCUGCUGCUACAAGAACAUGUUCAUCCGGAGGGAAAUCAACACCUCGCUCAUCCGCAGCUAUCAGGAAACACCUCCAAACUGCUCCCGCAGAGCCAUUAUCGUGGAGCUGAAGAAGGGGAAGAAGUUCUGCGUGGACCCUGCAGAGGGCUGGUUCCAGCAGUACCUGCAGGGAAAGAAGCUGAGCAACACCUCAACGUGAGCUGCCACCAACACCAGCUCCAUUUCUAUGUACCCUGCCAUGACCUGUCAGAGCCUGUAAUGUCUCAUUAACUUAUGGAGCCAGCUCUGCCUUGUCCCCAUCUGUCCCACUUCACACUACUGUACAGCUCUGCUGAGAUUUAAUAAAGCUACUUGUUCUGACCUGCA